AUGCACCCGGCGCUGGGCCACCCUCGCGCGCUCUUGUCCGCGCCCACCUCCUUUCCGCCGCCCCCCGCCGCCGCCCGGCUACAGCCCCUCUUCCUCCGGGGGGGCUCCUCCCGCGGCCGGAGAGGCUCAGGCGACAGCAGUACCAGCACCAGCACCAGCCGCGGGGGGGGCGGCGGCAGACGCGGCGGGGGCGGCGGCUCCCCGAGCAGCAGCACAGGCGCGGAGCGAGAGGACGACGACGAGAGCAUUAGCAUCAGCAAGCCACUGGUGCCCGCCGCCGCCGCGCUCCCGGGGCCCCCGACUCAGGGGGGCGUCCCAGUCUCCGCCACCGCGCCCGCCGCCGCCUCCUCCACCUCCACGCCCACCUCCUCCUGCAGCAUGACCGCCGCGGACUUCGGCGCGGGCGCCGCGGCCGGCACCGUCGGGGGCCCCGGGAGCCGCUCGGCGGCGGGCGCAGGCGGCACCGGGACCGGCGGCGCCGCCUCCUGCUGCUCCUGCUGCUGUUGCUGCUGCGGUCGCCCCGCUCGCUCCGGCCGCAGGGGUCGGCGCCGGGGCUGCUCUCCAAGCCCCGGGUGCCGCUGGGGCUACCAGGCGCUGUCUGUGGUGCUGCUGCUGGCGCAGGGCGGUCUGCUGGACCUGUACCUCAUCGCUGUCACUGACCUGUACUGGUGCUCUUGGAUCGCCACCGACCUGGUAGUGGUGGUGGGCUGGGCCAUCUUCUUCGCCAAGAACAGCCGCGGCCGUCGGGGCGGUCCAGCGAACAGCGCGCACAACCACCACCAGCUCCACCACCACUCGGCUCCGCCUCUGCACCUAUCCGCUGCGGCGUCGGCGGGGGCCGGGGCCAAGGCCCGCGGGGGCCGAGGAGGUUCUGGCGGUUCGGGGGCCGGGCCGGGGACGGCUGGGGCAGCGGGCGAGUUCGCCUUUGCGUACCUGGCCUGGCUCAUCUACUCCAUCGCGUUCACUCCUAAGGUUGUGCUCAUCCUGGGCACAUCCAUCCUGGACCUCAUCGAGCUGCGCGCGCCCUUUGGCACCACGGGCUUUCGCCUUACCAUGGCGCUGUCCGUGCCGCUGCUCUACAGCCUAGUGCGUGCCAUCAGCGAGGCGGGCGCGCCCCCGGGCUCGGCGGGUCCCCUGCUUCUGCAGCCACAGCAGCAUCGCGCCGCAGGCUGCUUCCUGGGCACGUGCCUGGACCUGCUGGACAGUUUCACGCUGGUGGAGCUGAUGCUGGACGGCCGCGUGCCGCUUCCGGCGCACCUGCGCUACCUGCUCAUCGCCGUCUAUUUCCUCACUCUUGCCUCCCCAGUGCUCUGGCUGUACGAGCUGAACACCACUGCAGCAGCUUCGUCCUGGGGCCAGGCCUCCGGGCCUGGAAGCUGCAGCCGCCUUUUGCGUUUGCUGGGCGGCUGCCUGGUGGACGUGCCCUUGCUGGCGCUGCGCAGCCUCCUGGUCGUGAGCUACCAACAGCCGCUGUCCAUCUUCAUGCUCAAGAACCUCUUUUUCCUUGGCUGCCGUGGCCUGGAGGCCUUGGAGGGCUGCUGGGACCGGGGGAGUUGGGUAUCCCCAAGUCGGGCCAGAAGCAGCUAUGGUGCUCCUCCCUCCGCUCCUCCACCACCUCCUCCUCCACCACCUCAGGGAGGCUCCCAGCGGGGCCACUUGGAAAAUGAAGGAGGCCCUCAUGGCUAUGUCAACACUCUAGCUGUGGCCUCUCAGAAUUGA